AUGACGGCUGCGGAUUCAUCGGCUGCCGUUCGUCGGUUGGAUGCACUUUUUUCCAAAGUGCAAGUCGACGACGUCAAACCGAAAGUUUCACUCGGUAAAAGAAACAGCGGUUUAUUCGAAAAAGUCAUAAUCGAACAAAGGAUCGAUGAAAAAUGCGACAUACACGGUCGGGAUUCGAAAAAAAAUUCUUACGGCCCAAGGAGAGGAUCCGUCGGAAGCGUUUUACACGCCGGGAAAAAAAAUACGGGAAUGGGAACGAGAAGGGAAUCGACUCCCGCUCUUCACAUACUUCACAAUUAUCACCAUGCGUCGCCGCUCGUGAGAAAAGACAGCGGAGGUUUGGGACUCCCUCCCGCCAAAAGUCCAGAUUCUCUCGUACAUCCUUCGUCAUUUCCAUCGAGUUUACGUCAAAGCACGAAAAGUUUGUCGACGAGCAAUUUGAGACGGGAUUCGAACGGGUCGUCGUCUGGUUCGACUUUAAACCUUCGCGGAAAUUUGAGAAGAGAUUCGAAGGGUUCGACUUUAAAUCUUCGGGGAAAUGGUAGCGCGAGAAAAGAUUCGGGAGGAUUGAAAAAAAAUGGGAGCACGAGGAAGGAAUCGCUGAGUCGAAAAUUUUCUACGGAUUCCCUUGAAUCGAGACGUAAUUCGUGGGAUCCCACGAGAAGGGAUUCAUCGUUGUCCUCACCGAGCGGAAUGCACGAUUCUAUAUUUUCCAAUUUGUUUAACGGAAAGGUUUGGACUUGUUUAGUGAUGCAUUUCCGUGACGACCUUGUUAUGUUUUUGUACGCAUGCGAACACGGGGUUGUUAGAAAACGUUAUUCGAACAAUUUCAAAUCCCUACAAGCGAGAUGA